ACAUAGAUAGUCCAAGAAAAGAGUAAAACUUCAGGAUACAAGUUAUUGUAUUUGUUUGUGAAUUAUAAUUGUUAUUUCAUGGUUUAAUGAGUACAUAAAUAAUUUUAAUUUGAAUGGAAUCAACAACUAGUAGAUAAUAUGUAUUGUAAUUUUGAAUUAGGCCUAGUUGUGUUGUUAAUUUACUAUGUAGGGUUUUAAAUUGCUGAAAAAUGGGAGAAGAGGUAAAAAUAGAAAUAAUAAGGACAACUCAAAGUUCUCUUUCAAAGUAUAUUAAAAAACCUCCUCUAACUGAGAAACUUUUACGGAAACCUCCAUUUAGAUACCUACAUGACAUUACUACAACGGUGAUGAAAGAGACAGGUUACUUACAAGGAUUGUACUCCCAAGACGAGUUAAACCCAGAGAAUAUCAAAGACAGAGAGGCCAAAAUUGCUUUCCUUGAAAAACUUAUAGCUGCUGUCAAUUUGUCCACGGGUAUCAGCAUUUUAGCACGUCCAAACAAAAUAGUGGCAGGCCUAGAUGUUGCCAAAACCAACGAGCUGCUCCAAGCAAUCGGAAAAGCUUUGGAUAAAAAAAUCGAUAGCUCAAAAGCUGUUGAGCAGGUCUUAAAUAAAAAAAGUAAAGGUUCAUCUCAGCAAAAGAAGGAUGGUCCUAAAGAUAAGGUUAUCAAAGAGACAAAAACAUCUGACUCAAAACCUAAGGAGACACGUAACAGUGAUACUUUGAAAAAGAAAAGCAAAGAAAAAAUUAAAAGUGUGGGAAAACCAGAGUCAAGAAAAAGUAAACAAUCAUCCAAAGAUGUAUCACCCCCAAAAGAAACCCCUGCCAACAAUAAUGAAUCACCAAAAGAGAGAAUCAAGCCUGAUGAAGAUAAGUCUGAAGUCCCUACCACAGUUACAGUUGGUGAAGAGUCAUCUGAUGUGGAGACAAGACAACUCCACAAUCCUGAGCCCAAACAUGAUGUUAAACCUCCACCUCCAUCUCCCGCAGUUGGCUUGGAUAAUUCAGGAAAUAGUGAAGACAAAGAGGAAAGUAAAGAGAAAAAAUCUAAAGAGAAAUUUAAUACUAAAACUAAAGACUUAGACACAAGUAAAGAUCCUCUGAAAAGCCAAGAUCUACAUUCAAUAGUUAUUUCAAAUGAUCUAACAGACAUUACUAAAUCUUGUGAGGAACCUAAACGACCUCAGUCUGCUCGAGCUGUUCAUCGUAAGAAAUCUACAAAAAAACCUAUUUCUACUGAACCUUGUAAUAGCCAAGACGACAAAAAAGAAGAAGUGUCAUCAUUGGAAAAAGUAAUAUCCGGUCCAAAAGAAUUAUCGGCUUUAGAGAAGAAACCAUUGGAACAAGAGACCCCUCAAAGCAGUACCAACGUAGCUGCAGUGGCAAGAGAGACAAAGAGACCGAGAACAGCAGCUCGACCGGCCAGCGCGAGGCCCGGGGCCCCGAGAGUGAGAGACAGAGGCAUGGUACAACUCAACGACACUGACAACAAGCAAGUGAAUGAACCUGUGAAUUUAAUAGUAGAUUCUAUUGACCUUCCUAAAGAUGAUGAUGAAAGCUUGGUGAUUGUUGAGGCUCCUUCAUCAGAGGGUGUAGUGGAUCAGGUGGUGGGUGAAAACCAACUACUAUCAGGGGAUCAAGGACAUCUAGUAUCUCAGAUUUUAGAAACACAGAAGGAAUUAGAAGAAAAUGUUAAUUUUGAAACCGGACUGGAUUAUAUUCAAAAAGUUGAUAUUAGCUGGAGCAGUGCUCGCCAAGAGACUGUGGCUCGUGAGGUGGACAAACUUCGCUCGGCCAUCCAAGCCUUGACACGAGCUGUCAACCCUCUGGGCAAGCUGAUAGACUUCCUGCAAGAGGAUGUGGACUCAAUGCAGACAGAGUUGGAGACAUGGGUGACAACAAACCAACAACUGGCCCAACAGCUGCAGGCAGAACAGAGAAUGACAGAGGAGUGUAUUGAGCCGCUCACUCGUAGGUUGGAGGACAUGCAGCAGCUGGUGGAGGAGCAGCAGGAGGAAAUGAGUGUAGUGAAGGGAAACAUCCUGCGCAACGAUGAGCGGAUCUCUAAACUGCUCAAAGCCCGAGCACCGACACACUAACCAACCUCGUCCUUGUUAUGUUUGUAACUUUUUUAAUAUAAAAGCGAACAUUACCUUACA